UUCAUCCUGUGGGCUACCAACGCCCUAAGUUAAUGCUCUAUAGUUUGAGUCGUCAUUUUCUUAAGUCACUUAAUCUACGGCCAUUCCAAUCACCCCUGCUUCCUUACUCCAGUUAGGAAAAAUGGAAAAACGGACCCAACCAAAAUGGUUCACUCCAGUUCCAAACGUUCAAGACGGACAGUUACCGAGUAUUUAUCUUUACAAUAGCCUGACUUCACGAAAGGAUCUGUUUAUUCCUCAAGAUGGGAGACAUAUCAAGUGGUAUAUCUGCGGUCCAACUGUGUAUGAUGUGUCUCAUAUGGGCCAUGCCAGAACGUAUGUUGCGUUUGACAUCAUUCGUCGCGUGUUGGUGGAUUAUUUCAACUUUGAGGUUACUUACGUCUUAAAUAUCACAGACAUUGAUGACAAGAUUAUUAAACGUGCUCGGCAAAAUCACCUGAUCAAUGAUUAUCAGCUCAAAGAACCAGAUCUAGCCACAGUCGUUGGUCAUAUUGCCAAAGGAAUCCAGCAUAUUAAGUCCAAAAUUCUAUCUGAAACGGAUCCAGAUAAAAAAACAUACUUAAACAGCGAAGUAGAUCGUCUCACAUCGCUUCUGUCCACUACGCCUUCUGAUAAAGAGGAUCCAGUUAAUUUCUUGAUUCUAAACGCUCGUGACGCUAUUGCAGAUACCUUAGACAUAGCUUAUGGUGCCUCUGUCAGUGACCACCAGAUCUUCGAGGCGUUAGCUAGACAUUUCGAGAAGGAGUAUCUCGCUGAUAUGGCGUCUUUAAACAUCAUUCCUCCAUCAGUACUCGUUCGGGUCACAGAGUAUAUUGAUGCUAUAAUAAAAUAUGUGGAACAAAUUAUUGAAAACGGCUUUGCAUAUAUUGCUCCAUCUGGAUCGGUGUAUUUUGAUACAAAUAAAUUUGCCAGUUCUCCUAUGCACUUUUAUGCUAAGCUUGUGCCAACCGCAUACGGUGAUACUAAUCAAUUGGAAUCUGGAGAAGGUGAGUUGAGUAUAACAGGAGAGAAAAAGUCACCGAAUGAUUUUGCUCUGUGGAAGGCAUCCAAACCUGGAGAACCCGCAUGGGUUAGUCCUUGGGGUAAAGGUAGACCUGGUUGGCAUAUAGAAUGUUCAGUCAUGGCUAGUGAUAUUCUUGGAGAUACUCUUGAUAUACAUAGUGGUGGAGUAGAUCUAAAGUUCCCACACCAUGAUAACGAACUGGCUCAGUCUGAAGCUUUUUUCGGACAUUCUCAUUGGGUUAAUUAUUUCCUUCAUUCUGGUCAUUUAACUAUUUCUGGUUGUAAAAUGUCAAAGUCAUUGAAAAAUUUCAUAACUAUUCGUGAUGCACUUAAAACUCAUUCAGCUCGACAAAUACGUUUGAUAUUUCUUCUACAUUCCUGGGGUGAUACGUUAGAUUAUAGUGCUGAUACAUUGGCUGAGGCUAUGGGUUUUGAGAAACAAUUAGUUGAUUUCUUGUACACUUGUUCAAAUAUUCAGUUUUUGGCAAAGCAAUCUUUAUUGAAUAAUAAUAAUAAUCACACUUUGGAAGAAACUGAAACUGGUGACUUUAAACAGACUCUUUUGGAUAUACAACAUAAAGUAUAUCAUGCAUUAUGUGACUCCUGUGAUACUCGAUCAGUCUUGGACUGUAUCAAAAUGUUAAUGUCAGAAGCUGAUUCGAAAUUAUUCAAUCGUAUUGAACCAAACAAGUGUAUAUCCAAUCUAGCAGAUGAUGCUUUUGCUUCAAGUCGUUUUAUCCUUCAACUAUUUCGUAUUUUUGGUGUUGCUGAUCAUACCGCUGUCGCUGCUGGUUCUCCAGUACCAUCUGGACUUGUUGUAGCUGGUAACAAAGUUCCAGAAAAUCAUGAAAUUGUACCUUUAAGAGAAGCCGAUGAAACUGCAUUUGGUUUUCGAAGUUGGCUUUCUCUCGAUAGUCUGACUGAAGAACGUCUUAUAUCUUGUGUACACAAAUCACUGGAAGCUAGUUCAAUGUUUAUCCAAGCUAUUAUUCAUGAAGGUGAUCUAUUCAAACAGAUUGUGGCUGAUUUCACUUCUGAAGUACAGAAACAGUACGGAAUUGAUUUAUUCAAUAUAGAAUCAGAUGGAAGGCACUGCUUGGAAUGCAUUUUGCAAACUAGCCACCAAUCGAGUCUUUUUGAAUUAACAAGUAUACCACAUGGACUAGAAAUUAAUGUAUGGCCAAUUGUUUUUAAUUUUCUCCAUACACUUGUUUCUAUACGUAAUACAAUAAGAAAAAUGUUAUCUUCUGGCUCUGUGAUGGAUUCUUCUUGCAAGAAACGCUUGUAUGAAGCAUGUGAUCGUUUUCGUGAUAUUGAUCUUGUGAAUGCAGAAAUUCGACUUCAAGAUCGUGCUACAACAAUGGAUCUUAGUCGUGGUUUAGAUAUUCCACCUUUUAUUGGAUUAGUUGAUAAAAUAUUUUUACUAAAUGAACAUUCAAGCAAUAAAACAAAGCGUGUUGAAACAAAAGUUGUAAAAAAUACUGUCAAACAAGAGGCAGGUCGUAUACCACCUUGGGAGCUUUUCCUCUCUGAAGUGGAUAAAUAUUCGAAAUUCGAUAGUAAGGGUAUGCCUACACAUGAUGCAUCAGGCAAUGAAUUAACAAAAAGUGCUUUGAAAAAAUUACAAAAAUUAUAUAUUGCCCAAGAGAAAAAUUAUACAAAAUUUUUAAAAUGUAAAGAAUAA